AUGGAAGCCAUGCAGCUGUUCCUGCUGACCAUAGGUCUGACCCUGUUCUCUCUGGUGCAGGCUGGCUACAUCAAUCGUGGUGAAUGUGCCACGACAGACAAGCUUUUAGGAAACUGGUAUAUAAUUUGCUGGGCUGGAAACCUUCCUCUCCCAGAAGAAAAGCUGAGAAGCCCGCUGCCACCCUUCACAUUCACCAAAAACAAAAUUGGUUACUUGGAGUUUAAGAUGAAUAUCUCGAAACCUAUUGGAUGUGUUGAGUUCAAGAUCGCCUUGAAUGAAGCAAAAGACAAACCUUGCUACUUUUCUGCCUGGAUGUGGCACUAUAUUGGCAUAGUGCUGUUUGAAGGGGACAACUUUGGUAUCGCCUAUUUAAAUGCCAAGGUCGAUGAUACAUACCAGAAGAUGGCAAUGCUCAUGGGUCGCCGUAAUCAUACUGCAAGCCUAACAAUGCUGAAGGAUUUUGAAACUGUUGUGAUCCAACUAUCCCUGAACAAAACAAGCAUCAUCACCCCCCCUUACGAUG